AUGGAAUCCACACUGAAUGCUCGAGCCCUAUUGCUUGCCAGUCCAUGCAGAAUUGUCGUAGUACUUGGGGAUAACACGAUGGAUUUGGAACCGAUCUGGUGUAGAAUGAACGUGUGGACCGUGGGACCAGGAGACCUGGCGGACCAUUUUUCGGCGAUCCACAUGACAAAGCAAAGCAGUAAGGACCACAGACAGUUUCAUCACCACUUGAUCAAACCCUUGAAACCUCCACCAGGCACCAUUCCACUUCUCGCAACCAUCCAAAUCCACAAAUCCACAAUCCAACGAUCCCGUGGGCAACGAUGGAGAUGUGGGUCGACGGCUGGUGGACAUGCAGGUGAAGUGGUCCGAGAGACGGGCACAAUUGGACAGAACAAGGACGCAGAAGCAGACAGUUUGGAGGGCAGGCGAUACGGACAAAGCUGGGAGAUGAUGUCGAGGACGUCGACGGGCAGAAGCAGACAGUUUGGAGGGCAGGCGAUACGGACAAAGCUGGGAGAUGAUGUCGAGGACGUCGACGGGCAGGAUUCCUACGCAGCAAUGAUUUUGUUCUAUGACUUCUCUAUCAUGUCAUUCCAAACACUGCUCCAAUACAAAUUACAAGUGGCGGCCUACUCCAACCUUCCUGACGGCUCUCGUUUCCUGCAGUACCUUUCGCCGGAACUUCACAUCUAUUACCGACCUGAUGUUAUUCAGCGGGCCUGCGAGCUGGGUCUCCAUGCUCUGGUGAUGGACGGGGUCCACAAUCUACAGCCCAACGUUACCAUUAAGCAAGGCCAGCUAUACGUUAUCCAUGGUGUUACAGGCAAUGGUGUAGAUGCAGACCUGCUGUACGCUAACAAUGAGAAAGAAUGA